GGUUGUUCCGAGCCUGCGCGGUAACAUGCCGGGUGUCAUACGUUUUGUGCCGGGUGAUCGUUGCAGACGUGUGUACUCACAAGGUUUCUUUGGACAAAGAAAACGGAUCCUUUUCUGUACGCGGGAUCUGACCUGUGGAGAAAAUUUUCUGACCUUUGGAGACAAUUUUCACCAUGAGAGUGGAAUCGAGAUGGAUGCCCUGUCAGUUGAAAGUGGAGCAGAAUAUCUGCAGCUGUGACUACGAUGGAAUAAUUCUGGUGUCAGGAAGUUCUCCAGGAUUUGAUGAGCCUGAACCCUUCAAGACGGUACUUUGCGCGGCAGCUCAAAUCGAUGCAGCUCUUGGCACGAUUGGUGCAGUAUUGUCACUCAAUUUACCAGCUAAAAGGCUUAUUUACAGCCCUACAGGCCCUUUGAACUUGGAUUAUCAUGACGUACGAAGCUUCGGUGAGGCUGCAACGAAGGGAAUCAAAAGAGCGCUAAAGGCAGGAGUGAGAUGUCCGUUGUUAGUCCUUCUUCCGGAUGUUCGAUUCGAAAAUGUUGAACUUGUGACGUUACUGGGUGCCCUGGAGGGCUUAUAUGUGCCUCUUGAAAUCCGAGAGAUAUCACCUGACCGGUGCUAUAAAGCAUGUGAGUUAGGUGUGUGGAGUCCAAUCUGCAGUAAGAAGCUUCAGGGGAUCGUGAAGCUCGCGGCUGCCUUAGAAAGCGGCAGAUACGUCGCAAGGGACAUCGGUGGAGCUGAUCCGGAGAGAAUGGCAGCACCGAGGGUGGAAGAGUAUAUGAUCGAGCUAUUCGCCGGAUCGAACGUUUCCGUUCAGGUGAUCAGCGAUCAAGAUACCCUUCUGCAGGAAUAUCCCCUGUUCUCUUGCGUGAAUCGAGCUGCAUCUGUGGUACCACGACAUGCUGGCAGAAUCAUCUUUUUAACUUAUGAGCCACGAAACCCUACUUGCAUCCUGGAAACUCUUCUACUGGUUGGAAAAGGCGUCACGUAUGAUACGGGCGGUGCUGAUAUCAAGUACGGAGGCAAGAUGGCUGGAAUGUCACGAGACAAAUGCGGGGCAGCCGCCGCUGCAGGAUUUAUGCAAGUCGUAAACUUGUUACAACCACCGACGAUAAAGGUCGUCGCGGCAUUGUGCGUCGUGAGGAACAGCGUCGGCGAAAAUUGCUAUGUUUCAGACGAAGUGAUUACUGCCAAGUCAGGUGUGAGAGUUCGAAUCGGAAAUACUGACGCUGAAGGCCGCAUGGCAAUGGCCGAUGCACUUUUUCACAUUAAAGAAAUGGCACUCUGUUCAGUAAAUCCACACAUCUUUACCAUCGCUACACUUACUGGCCAUGCAGUUCUUUCAGCGGGUACAGGAUACUCCGUGGUCAUGGAUAAUGCAGUUGCAAGACAGGUCAGCAACGGACAGAAGCUCCAAGCUUCUGGUGAAGCCAUGGGAGAUCCCUUCGAAGUCUCUCGUUUACGCAGGGAGGAUUUCAAAUUUCAUGAAGGUCGCGCUGAGGGUGACGAUGUUAUUCAAGGAGUCAGCAAAUCAAGUUCCCAAUUGGAAAGAGGACACCAGGGUCCAGCAGCUUUUCUCAUUAUUGCAUCUGGUCUCGACAAGCACGGAGCUUGCAGCUGCUCACCGUUGAAAUAUACCCACAUUGAAAUCUCAGGCCACCUUCCAUUACCUCAUCACCUAUCAUAUUCCGGCAAUCCUGUCCUGGCCCUUUCUUUCUGUUACCUGAUACAAGAAAAGUGUCUUAUAGUUCAAAAUGAUGUGCCUUUUGAGAUGCAGUAUAUUUUCGAGGUGAAUCCAAAGCUUGGAUAUGUCCCACCUUGUCAACUCUCUGACGAAUCAGAAACUUGUCCAAAAGGCAAUGUUCGAAAUUGCAAAAAUGCAUGCCAACCUACUUAUCCUUCUUCAGAAUCAAGUGAACCAAUGUGUACUUCUAAUGUGAAGAGAAAUGAGUUGCGUUAUUGAGGCUAUCUGGGAAUUUCGCUGUUAAGUAU